ACAGCGCGAGCUCCGGCGAGGUCGGUGUGGAUCUUCUGGCACUCCGGCCCCCAGCCGCUGCUGCGAUCCCCAGCCCGCCGCCCGGCCGAAGCGGGGAAAGGGGCGGUGGGGGCGGGGCGGCGUCCGGCUCUGGGAGAGCUGGGGGAGGAGCGCAGCGGCGACGGCGGCCGCUCUAGAAGAGGAGAAGGAGGCGGAGGAGCUCCUUUCCUCUUCUCAGACCCCGGAGCGUCCGGGACGCAGAGCCCGGAACUGGGGGACGCGGCGACUGCGGGGGCCACGGAAUCUCCCUGGAAAAAGAGACAUGAAUGUCUGCAAUGAUAUUUCCUGACAAGAAGUUGAUACAAGAGAAGGAAAGGAGAUCAACAGCUAGUGAGCAGAAUUUCAGAUAACCAGGAUUUAGUGUUUAUCACUUCCAACUACAGACUUUCAUUGCAUACUUUUAAAUCAGAGAUAACUACAGUCAGAACCCAGACAAGACAAAAGGAUACUUUUCAUCCAUAUUUUUUGAGAUAAAAGAAACCACAAUGUCUAGAAAACAAAGCCAGAAGGAUACAUCAGGAUUCAUUUUUGAUUUGCAGUCCAAUACUGUAUUGGCCCAAGGAGGAGCUUUUGAGAACAUGAAAGAGAAGAUAAAUGCAGUGCGUGCAAUAGUUCCCAAUAAGAGCAACAAUGAAAUCAUCCUGGUUUUGCAACACUUUGAUAAUUGUGUGGACAAAACAGUACAAGCAUUCAUGGAAGGUAGCGCUAGUGAAGUACUCAAAGAAUGGACAGUCACAGGCAAAAAAAAGAACAAAAAGAAGAAAAGCAAACCAAAGCCUACAGCAGAAGCAAGUAACAGUAUCCCAGAUUCCAGUAAAUCGGUUGCCGUUCAAGAGGAACAGACUGUGCCUUCUUCAGAGAAAGGUGGUAUUAAUGGUUAUCAUGUUAACGGUGCCAUCAAUGAUACUGAGUCUGUGGACUCACUCAGUGAAGGUAUGGAGAUACUUUCAGUAGAUGCCAGAGAAUUGGAAGAUCCUGAGUCUACUGCACCAGACAUGCUGGAUAGAACAGGGUCCAUGCUGGAGAAUGGCAUCUCUGAUUUUGAGCCCAAGUCUUUGACUAUGCAGUCCAUUCAGAAUUAUCAACAAAAUAGGAAUGCUGCCAAAUCUCUCUCAAGACCUACCACAGCAUCUCAGUUUUCAAAUCUGGGGAUGGAAGAUCUUCCACUCUCUUCCACCAGCAAAAAGCUAGGUUCCAAUAUUGAAAAAUCGGUGAAAGACCUCCAGCGCUGUACAGUGUCUCUCGCACGGUAUCGAGUUGUAGUUAAAGAAGAGAUGGAUGCUUCCAUUAAGAAAAUGAAACAAGCUUUUGCUGAAUUGCAGAGUUGUUUAAUGGAUCGAGAAGUGGCAUUGCUUGCUGAAAUGGACAAAGUGAAAGCUGAAGCAAUGGAAAUUUUGCUCAGCCGACAAAAGAAAGCUGAACUUCUAAAGAAGAUGACUGAUGUGGCUGUUCGCAUGUCAGAGGAGCAAUUGGUUGAGCUCAGAGCUGAUAUCAAGCACUUUGUUAGUGAGCGUAAAUAUGAUGAGGACCUGGGACGAGUAGCCCGGUUCACCUGUGAUGUAGAGACGCUGAAGAAGGACAUUGAGUCAUUCGGACAAGUGUCCCAUCCAAAGAACAGCUACUCAACCAGAUCCCGAUGCAGCAUGGUUCCAUCUGUGUCCUUGAGUAGCCCGUGUGAUGCCUCUGCCACUUCCUCUUCCACCUGUGCCUCUGCUCCCAGCCUUACAAGUGCUAACAAGAAGAACUCAGCACCAGGAGAGACUCCUGCACCUAUAGCAAACCCCAGCAGCCGGCCCUACCAGCCUCAUCGAGAGGUAUUGCCGGGGAAUAGACGAGGAGGACAGAACUACAGGCCACAAGGCCAGAAGUUGAACGACCCCACGAACCAAGGGCGACAUGACAGUGUGGCUCGUUACAGGAAUAGCUCGUGGUAUUCAUCCAGUUCCAGGUAUCAGAAUGCUCCAUCCCAGGCAUCAGGAAACAUUAGUGAAUGGGGCCAGGCCCACUCUGCAGGGACCAAUGGAACUGGAGCCAGCUUGGAGCCCAGUGCUCCCAAGCCCUCAUUCAAAAAGGGGCUCCCCCAGCGCAAACCUAGGACCUCUCAGCUUGAAGCUGUGAACUCCUGAAGGCAGCUCCAGUUGGCCUCUCUCCUUUAUCCCACACAAUUCAACUUGGUAACUGGACUUUAGGACACUUAUAGUUAGAUGUAAUAACAAAAAGAAGUUUACACAUAUCACUUUUUAUGCCAUUCUAAAUAUUUUUGGUUUCUUCUCUCCUCAUUUCCUCUCCACCAUUUUUGGAGGGGAAGCUGUUUUUUCCCUUGACCUUACCCAAUGAUAUGGAUUGAAUCUGAUUGGUCACUUCCACUAGGAAUCAUAGGCAACCGAUGCCAGGUUUCCCAGGGGCAAGCAAUGUUCUUCCCAGUGCACCGGGCCUUUCAGUUGCCCGAAGAGGCCUUCCUCAGCAACUCCCUACUGUUGAGGCUCUCAGGAGGAGAUGGAUCAGAACUAGUCCAGUUGCCUUUCCAGCCUAAGCAAAAGGCACACAUUCCUGGCAGGUCGCCUCUGCACAACAGUAUAACCAGGAAAGGCAGUGAGGGGAUCGUGUACUACACUGAAUUAGCCAGAGAAGUGGAAAUUCAAUUGGUAAAAAGGAAAGAACACUAGGAAACGUUUGAGAAUCUGCCUCUGCUCCCAGAAUGUGCCUAAGAUGACACUCAGGUCAGGGUUUCAAUCUCCUGCUUGGCGCCAUAGCCUAACCUGCAAUCUCUUCAGAAUGCCUAAAGCCUCGUUUCCUAUGGCCUUAGACUCUAGACCAGUCUAGGGAAGUCUAUGGGAAAGGAGCGUUUAAUUAAAGGAAAAAAAAAAUGUUUCUUUGUUUCAGAGUUUGAAGAUUUUUGUUGUUAUUGUUCUCCCUUGUUCCUGAAUCCUAUUCUGAUCCUCAACCAAAUUUAUAGCAAUAUAAUUAGUGUUAAUCUAAGGUGUUACCCAUAAACAAAUUGCCAGUCUUUAUAGUUGGAUAAAUAAAAACAAUUGCAUUAAUAUUCCCA